UGCGAUUAGGCCUUUGUUUUUGCACGCUUAAUGCAUCGUGCACCCAACCUUAUCCACAAAAAGCCCUGCGGCUUGCUUACGUUUGUUGCUACCGCCGGGACAGCGCAGAGCCGUGCGCACUCCCUAACGCAGACGCGUACGGCGGCGGGGGCAGAAAUGGCGUGCGGAGACCGUCGGUAGGUGCAAGGACGAGAAGAUGGACAAGGGGGAAAUUAGACUUCAGUUCGCCGUACGCUGCGCGCUUGAGCAUCGUUAGUCUUUCUACAGAAUGGGGUGCACCGACCGUCGCUCGUCCGCAGUGGAACGCUGGCUGUGGAACAACUUGUAAAGAACAACACAUCUUUGGCCAGGUAACUGACCUCCCAUGUACCGAAUGCAUUCCGUUUAUGUGUAUUGCAUUUGUAAAGAAAUUCUUUUAUGUUUAGAAUGAAUAAUAAUACAUUUGGGUGCCUGUUGCAUCCAUUGGUUGUCCAGUCGCCGAUUCAUCAGUACGGAUUUCAAGCACAUGCAGGAUUCCAUCAGUCCAGAUAGCCCCAAAUGCAAGUUGCUGCACAUUCACUCAACAAGUUACCCGUUGAUCAAAAGUCUAGAUGAAUAAUCAUUUCAGUCAUUUGCAGUUUCACAGUUUCCAUUACACAUUAUGCAGCUGACGAUAUGUAUUAGGAAACUGCGUCUGUUCCAGUGCUUAUGAGAGAGUGAGCCGCGACCGACGAGUCCUCUUGUCUUCGUGGUUUCUGCCUGAAACCAGUCCACUCCCUUCCCUCCUUCCGUCCCCCUCAGACUUCCUGUUUCUGAGGCGGCAGUGCCGGGCGGGGGAAGGGGAUUCGGCAGUCGGGGACGAAGGCAGCAGCCGUGGAGGAGGAGGAGCGAGUGAUCCGCUGGCGCCACGCCCUGCUGCGGGGUAUGGAGUACCACAGCACCGGCACCCUGCCCCUGCUGGGCAGCCCGCGAUACUGCCCCGGCGCCAACAGUGCCAGCGGCUACCUGUGCCAGACGGGCCACUGCUGUGGCGAGACAGGCUGCUGCACCUACUACUACGAGCUGUGGUGGUUCUGGCUUCUCUGGAGCGUGCUGAUCCUCUUCAGCUGCUGCUGUGCCUACCGGCACCGGCAGGCCAAGCAGAGGGUGCGGCACCAACAGAGGCAGAGGGAGAUCAACCUUAUGGCCUACCACGGAGCGUGCAGCUACCCGUCCUCCAUGCUGGACCUCAGUUUUCUUGCUUCACUCAAACUGCCGUCUUAUGAGGAAGUAGCAGCCCAGCCUAGUACCCCGCCCCCUCCAUACAGCUCGGUGGCUUACCCGCGAGGCUCCGUCCACCCCGGCCCUAGCCACGUGCUGUCCUCCCAGAGUUCCGACAACUACACCAGCUGCUCCUGUGACUCCUGCUGCCCGUCAUCUCCCUGUAGCUCCUCCCCCUCCUCCGCCCAGCUCACAGACGAGACUGACACGAGCCACGCCUCCACGCCCUCCCACAGCGAAGCAAGACACAUCAACUCUAUUUCCGGAUAUGCCCAGUCAGCUACAGCCACGGACACGCGGGGAGCUCCACCCCUGGCCCGUGAACCUGGCCCUAAACCUCCACUUCACAGGGCAGAAGCAAUGGAGGUGGAGCUAUCGGACUCUGCCACCCUUGACUGCAAUGGCAACAGGACCGUUAAAACAGUCGCCAGUCACGCCAUUAACAACAACACGAUCAGUAGUACCGACGAGACCCCUAAGUCCAAUGUGAAUGGUAGCGCAGCUCAAACUAGUAACACCAAGGGCAUCAGUAAUGCUGGUCAGAGCUGCCCUGUCACUCAAAGCCGUAAUGCAGCUCAGUCUAACAAUUCUAAUGAUAUAAUCAGCGUGGGUCAAACGUCAAGCCCUGUGCUUACCAGAGAUGAUGUGACAAAUGAGACCACAGACUUUCAGCCACCCAGCAGUACGACACAAAACGUCUGUCCUGCUCCUCCACUCACUGUCCCUCCAUCCUCUCCUCCAUCCUCCCCUCCAUCCUCCCCUCCAUCCUCUCCUCUGUCGUUCCCUGUCACCGAACCCCUUGGUGCGCUCUCAGAGCCUGGAAGCUCCAUGAGGUGGGAGGAGCCAGCCCAGGAAUGCCCCCCUGCCGCACCCCCGCAGUCUCCGCCCAGACCGGUGCUCUUUUCUCCUGGUGCCGACUUCCUGGAGCCGGACCGGCGGGACUCGGCCGUGUGCGAUCUGGACGUGGACCAGACGCACUUCCAGCAGCGCCGCCUGACCGGAGAUUCCGGCAUCGAGGUGUGCCGUUGUCGCAUUGAUCGCGAGGAGGACGAAGAUGAGGACGACGAAGAGAGGGAUCGCUUCGACGCGGGGUCGACUAUCAUCCCGAGCGAUAGUCUUCAUGACAGCGCCGAUUGCUCUGUCCGAGCACAGCUCUCGCCUCCUGCAGGGGAGGGCAUGGGGGAGUGGCCAGAGAUGUGUGGCUCCGCCCCGUCUGUGCCGCCACAGGCCGAAUCGGUUGUUAUAGCCAUGGAAACUGUUUGAUGAACAGCGUUCAAGGGCUGAGUGUAGCUUUGGAGUAAGCAGUGCUCAGAAAGCCUCUGGCUGUGUCUGUGGGGGUUUUUUGAGCCAGCGAGAGAGGAUUCCCCAGGCUCGCUGAGAUACAGAAGUAGUAAAGGCAGCAGUCAGGGUCCAGCCGGCCAAAACGUGCGGCUACGUGAGGACUAAUACCACAGAAUGGUGAUUGUGAAACUGUAACCCUAUAGCAUAGGAGGGUCUCGCUCUCUCUGUCUGUCCCGAUUGUUCUGCUCUGUCCAGACACCUGCGCUGCAUUGAGACUAGGACAAAGCUAUUCUCCAACACAUCUAACACACAGCUGAUUUUUCUGCUGACAGACAGACCGAAUGUCUGAGCCACAGACUCUUCUGGAACACGCUCACCCACACACACUUUCUGGUCUAAUUCUGAUCUAAGACGGUGGCACAAUGCCAGCUCAUCUGAUUUCCUCUGCAAACACUUCUGUAUUCUGUAGCAGCAUUUAGGUCCCUCUCCCUCCCUCUCUGUCUCUUUCAUGCUCUCUCUCUCCCCCUCUAUGUGUUUAUCUAUCCAUCUUUCAUCUCCUCUCUCUUUUCUCUGCUUGUAUCGUAGCUUCUGACCCAGAAUCAGAGAUAUGGUCUCUGUUCUGUCAAGUGGAGUGUGAAACACUUUGAUUAUGAAGCCACUCGAGCUCCUCAUAGUUUAAAUGAUGCCAUCGGUAAAGAUGCAAUAACACAAACACAGUCUAGUCAUAACUGUCACGUGUGCCUCUGGGUAAUGUAGUUUCGUACAAGGUCAGGCAGCCAUUUUGUGCUCAGUGUUAACUGGAACCUACAGUUGAAUGUUCUUCACGGGUUCAUACAAGCUCGCGCUCGCAUUCUAGAAUGCCACAGAACUCCCUGGAACACUCUAGAAAACUCUAGAACACUCUGGAACUCCAAAAUGCAUUCUCUUUAAUUUUUUUUCAGUGUUUCCAAACACCAGCUUGGCCAACCAGAUGCUGCACCUCGAACACAAAACGAAAAAAAAAGAAGAAAAUAAAACCUCAGGACAUUGUUUUUGUUUUGUUCUUGAUUUUUACUGUAACAACAUUUUGUUCUGUCUUUAUGUGGAAACACUGAAACAGCAUUGCUCAUUGGCAACAUGAAAGCAGACUCUUUGAACUGCUGUCUGCUAAACAUGAAUAUGGGAAAUAUAUAUAUACAAAUAAAUUUAAAUGUAGGUACAGAUUAUAUAAGUAUAUAUACUCUCUGUGAAAUUCUAUAUAUUUUCUAAGCAUGCCAUUUGGAGUACAUCACAGUGCUAGAAACUGGUGAAACAUGUAAUCAGAUACGGGGAUUGUGUGUAUCGACACUAGUCUUACUUUGGCAUCAAUAAUGAAUUACAAUUACAUUACUAUGGCGUUACCAUGGUGCUGCCGUGGCGUUACUAUGACAACCUUCUCUAGUCUGAGCAAUAGAGUAUGUUUGAUGUUGAUGUGAGACUGUGACCGGUGUGAAGGUGUUAAUCUAAAUGACUUCAACACUUAAAAGAGUCAACCGAAA